CGUCACGAGCGCUCACGUCCUCGGGAUCGGAACGACACAACUCACACAUAAGUCCUUCCUCUUCAUUUCCUUGAAUUAAGCCUUCGCCCUUCCCUUCGGUGCUUUUCCAGCCUUCAACAAAUCCUGUGCCUCCUGCUUUCCCCAAUUGGGAGAGCUUAUACUAUGUCUGUAACCUUGCACACAACCCAUGGCGACCUGAAGAUAGAGGUGUUCUGCGAAGCCGUACCCAAGACCGCAGAGAAUUUCCUUGCCCUUUGCGCUUCGAAUUACUACGACGGCUGCCUUUUCCAUCGCAAUAUCAAGGGCUUCAUGAUUCAGACUGGUGAUCCUUCGGGGACCGGCAAGAACGGUCAGAGUAUCUGGGGAAAGCCGUUCGACGACGAGCUACGCUCGACAUUGAAGUUCAACGCACGAGGCAUGGUCGCAAUGGCGAACUCUGGCCCGAACACCAACAAGUCUCAAUUCUUCAUCACCUACUCAAAACAGUCCCACCUCGACCAGAAGUACACAAUAUUCGGGAGGGUCAUCGACGGCGCAGACUCAACGCUUGAUGUGAUGGAACGCGUUCCCGUCAACGCAAAGAACCGGCCUCUUAACGAGAUCAAGUUGCUCAGUAUCACGAUACACGCCAAUCCCAUCGCUGACUCAGAGAUAGCUUCGUAGCUUGCGAAUUAAAGAGUGCAAGGCAUAGUGUACAAGCUCGUUGGUUACCUUUCUGCUUUCCGAUACCC